AUGAGCACCGACGAUUUAUUGACAAAAUUCGAUGAAAUGGUGAAACGCUUUAAGCAAGAGUUCAAUGAAAUUAUCGAAGGGGAACGUGCCAAAAUGAAGGCGGAAGUAGAAGCGUAUAACGCGGAGAAGCAGAAAAUGAAACCGUUCGAAGUUAGCGACGAUGAUAUAAUAGAUCUGAACGUCGGAGGACAGAAGUUGACCACCACCAGAUCUACCCUGUGUCAGGUAGAAGGUUCGUUGCUUGCCUCCAUGUUCAGUGGACGCUGGGAAGAUGGUCUCAAACGUGAUAAAGACGGCGCCAUCUUCUUCGACUUCAACCCACAGUAUUUUGUGAUAAUUUUGGAUUAUCUUCGCGCGAGGAAAAUUGCGACUCCAGAGAAUCGAGUACCUGUGCCGAAAGUUCCUGAAGAGCAAGCAAAACAUUUCAAUGAUCUUGUUCAGUAUCUCGGUUUGAACGAAGAGAUCGUCCCCAAGGCUGAGAUUUCGCCAAGCGGCGAGAAAUUUAAUCAGUUACACAGCGCUGGAGUCGCUCUUCAGGAAGGCGGGAAGGUUGCAUGUAGUGUUUCAAAGGUAGGCUAUCAAUAUGUUCUCGGUGAAAAUUCGUACCAACAUGGGAUUGUGAAUCUCAAAUUAAAGCUGGAAUCUUUGAAAGAUCAGGAGCACAUGUUUGUUGGUAUACUGAAAGAUGAUGUUAUUCAUGCAGUAGCUCUAGAGGAUAAUUCUUCCUAUCAUUGGUCUGGUUCCUAUGGAUGGGUACUCGGGUUCCAUGCUUGUACAGUGUGGAAAAAUGGGUCACAUACGACAGACAGUACUUUGAAGCAACUUUCUAAACAAGGUGAUACGGUUGAGUUGGUCUUAGACUGUGAUGCAGGCAAGCUGUCACUACAUUUGCCCACUGGUCACCAAUUUCACAUCGUAAUACCAAAGUUUAAAACAUGGAGACUGAAUAUAACUUUGUGUCACGAAAAUGAAAAAAUCCGCAUUAUGGACGCUUAA